AUGCAUCACAGCGGGUCCGACGCAUCAGCGACCCUACGAGAUGGAGAGAGCAAGAAGCGCGACCACGAGGGCAAGCGGGUCAAUGGUGUGCACGACGACCCCAGUGUUAAUGGUGCAGCAGGUCCCUCGCUCGAGCAGUACUCGCAGCUCCCACCAGAGAUUGCCCACAUUUCUGCCGAAGCGUACAACCCCCUCUCGACCUUGAUAGUGCGCCUUUCCCAAGAAUGCUACAACGACCUAGGGGACGCACUCCAGAAGAUGGCCGAUAUUCCGCUGGCGCAGCAGACCAACGGCGUCCUCCCAAAUGGACUGGGUCCCCACGGCGCUGCAAAUGGCCAGGAAAACGCAAAGGCCAACGCACAAAAGAAGAUGCUUCUCAUGAAGUUCGCCCAGGAGAAUCGAGCCAAGUUCAUCAAAUUGCUCGUCCUGACUGAAUGGGGAAAGAAGGCCGCCGUCGAUGUCUCCAAGCUCAUAGACCUGUAUACGUGGACUAAGGAGCAGGACGUGCACAUGCAGGCUGCAGACUUUGCAAUCGACAGCAUCAAAAGACACGCCAGUAUCGCAAAAGAAAAUAACCCUGAUAUUACCACGGCUUUGGAGAUUCUAUCCACGGGAAAGGCGUCGUGGAUGCCGAGUCUGGACUAUAUACCCCCUGAUCCCAUCUCCUCGGAGCAAGCACUCAAACUCUUGCGCUACAUGAAUACUUCACUUUCGAUUCGCCUGAACCUCCACGAAACCCUCCCGCGGCACCUCCGCAACUGGCGCAUAGAGUCUGGACGGGCUACCUUCAUCGUCGAUGGCCAAUUCGAGUUUGAUGUCAUCUCCUUUGUUGAAGAUGCAUCAGAGCAGUGGCUGUUCAUUGAUCUCCGGUUACUCUUCUCACCAGCGCCAGUCAUCACCGUCGGCAGUCGAUUUUUCAUGCAUCUCAAGGCCCAAGCCGACCAUAUCCUGCAGGAGAAGGGGCUCAGUGGCCUAUUCGACUUCCUCAACAAUUUCGUUUUGACCCACAAAAUCUCGGUUCUCAGAUCGCAGGCCUUGGGCCUUGCUCGCACGGGGUGGGCAGGCUCGCUCAAGGUCGAACCGGUGCACCGUGAGCUCGUCGUGCAAUACUGGACUGGCAGGCCUGGCAAGAAGAACUGGAUUGAAAUUGGCAUCUCAAAAAACAAGCCGAAGAACGGCAAAGUGUCGUGGCGCGGAUUGCCUGUCCCUUCUCUGACGGCCCGCUGGUUCCGCCAGGGCAAAGAAGUGAAAGAUGCCGAUUUAAAAUUUGAUUGGAAAGACUUGUCGACGGAGCGAAUCAUCAAGCGCGUCAUUGCACGGCAUACCAGUGAUAUUCUACGAUCAACACGGGGAGCUCUCAAUCCGAGUGUGACGGCACAUGCGUCUUUAUCGGAUACUGAGCCCACAGACUGCGCCCUCAAAGCCUCUCUGGGGACAAGGGCAAACUCGAUGGCCGUGUCUUUAGAACCUGUGACCGGGAACUACAUCUUGCAACCGGCCACGGCGCUUUCGACGAGAGCGGAGAAUGCCUUUAACCAGGGCAGGGAGCCAGUGCAAAUGGGCAAUAUACUAACGCAAUUGCUCGCCGAAACCCUGCUCACCUCUAUCCGGAGAUAUGCACAGCAACUGGGAUGGCAGCCAGUCGCGAGACAGUCUCUACAUUUUCAAGUAGUGAAGACGGCCGUGAAGCUGGACAUGCUCCAAUUUGCGCUUUACUGGCCCCGUGGCUGGUCGUCAAGCUGGGCCUUUGCCGCUAUCGUAGACUCGUCAGGAGAGUCAUGGUGGGUCCUCGAGAUUGGUUCGAACGGAGGUACAAUCGAGCAUGCCGAGCAAAUCAAGUUGGAUAGGCCAGACGGACGCUUGUUGCCGAUCGAUCGCAACACGCUGGCCAGCUUAGAGAGGGUCGCUGUACAACUCCUUUCGUUCCGCGUUACUGCCCGCCAACUCGAAAAGGAGAAGAAGUCGUGCAUUCUGCGAUGCGAGUUUGGCCCAACAAGCGCCUCAGCCGCGGCUCAACGCAUCGCUCGACGCUGGGUCCUGUACCUGCAGACGCCUGAUGUCCUUGUGACCAAGCCGGGAGAAGAGCCGUGGCUGGAGUCCAACAUCGCCAUAACUUGCGAAGGUCUGAAAGCGGAAAGCCAAAAUGUCUGGCACAUUGCCACCGGUAGGAUGGUCAAGUCUGCGGCCGCAGACAUGCAGAAACUCAUGGCUGCUUCACCACAGAGUAACUUUAGCUUUUCGGAAGACGGGAGGUUUCGAAUUCUUCUAUCAACGCCGUUUGGACAAGACAUUCUUGGUGAGCUACGAGUACGGCUGCGAGACGUUAACCACCUUCGCUCGUUUGCGACUACCCUCCAGAAACGCCAGAUGCGGCUGGGCUCGUCAUCACUGCAGCGAGUACAGUUCGAAUACGGCCCGUCACCGUAUACCGCGGCUGUCAAUUUCGGCGCUGAGAAGGAGAUUUCCGUCGAAUUGUCCCCGAAUAACCCGCAUUACCGUGUGCAUAGGCUGCUCACGGAAAUUGCCAACGACCGCAGCCCUUUCCUCCCUAGCGUCGACUUCGGCGACGCCAACGGCCUCGACCGCUUCUGCACCGCUCUCAUCCUCACCCGCUCCCUCCUCAAAAUUAUGUCGGAAAUUCAAGUCCGCACGCCAGGCAAUGUCCGCAACCCUGCCAUCCACGUCCACUCCAUCUUCAAGUACCGCCUCACGUACGAAAACCCCGUCUGCACCUUCGACGUGCGUCUUCAGCCCAAGGAUGACAAAGUCUACUGGUUCAUUGAGGAUUGCCUCAAAGCGCGCAGCAUGGAUACACGGCCGACGUCUGAGCGAGGACAGUACCACAGGAGGCUCGACAAUCUAGUGACAAAACUCAAGGAGCUGUUUAGUGGGAAGGGGCCAGGGUGGUUUGGAACAAGGAACGGGAUGAUAGCCGAGUUGGAUGGAGUGCCAGAUGCGUUGAGGAGGCUGGAUGCGUGUGUGCUGGGCUGUAAGAUGGAAGGCGGGUACAAGGCGCCGCCGCCACUGGAACAACCCGCUCCACAGGGCCAGCCAAAUGGCACGCAACAACAGGCCAAUCAACCAGCAAGGAUGCAGCAGCAAGGGCGUCCGCAACAACAGCCUCAGCCUGGCCCAGGGCAAGUGAGGAAGCAGCAACAGAACCAGCGACCACAGCCGAAUGGACGACAGCCGCCUCAACAGGGGAGAGGUGGUGGUAGACCCGGCCAGUCAAAGCAGAAUGUCAUUGAAAUUGACUGA